AUGGCCAUCCCUUUACGCAAAUUGACUGGUAUUGUUUUUCUUCUCUUCUUCUGCCCUCCUCUUUCCCAUGGAUUAAUGUCCAACAGGUGUCCUUCCCACGAAUCCCAAGCUCUGCUCCUCUUCAAAGCUGCCUUGAUUGACCCCAACAGCUAUCUGAGUUCGUGGGUAAAUGGAACAGACUGCUGCACCUCCUGGAAUGGCAUUUCCUGCGACGAUAACACCAACCACGUUGUCUCUGUCUCUCUUGGUAUCUAUUUCCAAGGUGUGAUAGAAGUAGUAACACCAGGUACUACCAUUCCUACCUGUUUGGCAAAUCUCUCUUAUCUUCACUCUUUAGAUUUAUCUGGUUAUAGCUUUACUGGGACGAUUCCCACUUUCCUUUGUCUGCUCACCCGCCUUAUAUUCCUUGAUCUUUCACUCAAUAGCUUCAAUGGAAGCAUACCUUCCUGCCUUGGCAAUCUUGCUUCUUUAACUGACCUUUCCCUAGGUAACAACCAACUUAGUGGAAGCAUACCGGCUUUUCUUGGGAGUCUCUCUUUGUUGAGGGAGUUAGAUCUUAAUAACAACCAACUUAGUGGAAGAAUACCGGCUUCUCUUGGAAGUCUCUCUUUGUUGAGGGAGUUAGGUCUUGGUAACAACCAACUGAGCGGCAUCGUUCCAGAUUCAUUGGGCAAUCUCUCUUUACUCGAGCGGUUGGAUAUUAGAAAUAACCAACUGAGCGGGACCAUUCCCCCUUCAUUUGCUCACCUUUCCUCACUCACUCGCUUAAAUGCUAAUGGCAAUCGUUUCAAUGAAACCGUCUCUUCUUUGCCACUUCCAGCUUCUUUACAUAUUCUAACCCUGUCAUUAAACUAUUACCAGUCGAUUUCAGAAACUUCCUUUCACAACCUUACAAGAUUAAGUGUUUUGUAUUUAUCUGAUUGUGUCCUAAAUAUUAGCACAGCUUGGAUUCCACCCUUUGAUUUAUCUAGUCUAGAUUUAGUGUCAUGUGUGAUUGACGGUGAAUUCCCACCUUGGAUUUCAACACAAAUUUCACUUGAAGAGUUGGUUAUAACUAAUGCCAGUCUUGUGGGCGUAAUUCCCUCUUGGCUAUGGGAAACCAGUCCUGAGUUAAAUUAUCUAAAUCUUUCAGAAAAUCAUUUGGAAGGAAGCCUAUUCUCAAAUACUUCAUCGUGGAUGAAACUAGAACGACUAGAUUUGGCUAGAAAUAAAUUGAGUGGGUGCAUCCCAUCAAUGUGGUCUUUUUAUAUGCGUAUACUGCUGCUCAAUGACAAUUUGUUCAGUGGCAAUAUUCAUCCAAACCUGGGCAAGUUAUCUAAUCUCAACAUGUUAAAUCUUGCAAACAACAAGAUAACAGGAGUGAUCCCUGUUAGUUUGUCCAAUUGUUCUUUACUUAUUGUCCUGAAUUUGGGAAAUAAUAGUUUGGAGGGAAGCUUACCACAUGAGUUUAGUAAGCUGAUUGAAUUAUAUUCAUUAGUUGUUCACAAUAAUAAUUUGCAUGGACCAUUCCCUCCUUCAAUAGCAAAUUGUUCAAAGCUACAGGUUCUUGAUAUUGGAAAUAAUUUGUUUGAAGGUGAAAUACCAGCAUUAAUUGGAAAUAUCUCAGAGCUAAAAGUAUUGAUAAUGAAGGAGAACAAAUUUACAGGCAAUAUUCCUUUAGAGAUAGGUCAAUUAAAGUACCUCCAGAUCUUGCUCCUUUCUUCCAAUCAUAUCUCAGGUUCAAUUCCACACACAAUUGUAUUCCUGCAAGCAAUGGCAAAUGAAAGUCAAAAUGGUUUUGUAUUAUCCACUCAUACUUUUGGGCCCCUAUAUCAAGAUGGAUUGGAUAUGACUUUAAAAGGUACAAAUCAACAUUAUCAAUAUAUUCUUUCCACACUCACAUCCAUAGAUCUCUCAAGCAAUGAAUUAGAGGGAAAAGUUCCUUCUAAUUUUGGGAAUUUGAAGGGGCUAAGGCUUCUAAACCUAUCAAUGAACAACUUGAAUGGGACCAUUCCAAAAAGUCUUGGAGAAAUGCAUCAAUUGGAUUCCUUAGACCUUUCAAGAAAUCAUUUUUCAGGACAAAUCCCCAUAGAGCUUGAAUCUCUAAGCUUUUUGGGUUCACUGGAUCUAUCAAACAACAACCUUUCAGGAAGCAUACCACAAGGAAUACAUAUGAUUGGCUUUGGAGAAUCCUCUUAUUCAGGGAAUCCUAAUUUAUGGGGGUGUCCCCUACCCAGAAAUUGUUCUUGGCCACAGUUUGUUCCUUCUCCUCCUCCAAUUUACAUUAAUAAAAUAAAGAAAAGCACUAAAUAUCCAUGGAAUCUAUUUUUUCUUAUGAAGAUUUUUGGUGUUUCUAAAGACUAUAUUGCACAUGCUUUUGAGAAAGACAUACAUGCAAUUACAUCAUAUACUUCCAUUGAGGAUAGAUUGGAAAGUAUGAACAACAUACAGAUUGUGUGA